AUGCCGCGGCCAGUCCCUGUUGCAUCUCCGCCCAGCACGGAGCGGUCAGAAGCGCCGGGUUCUGCUGAGAACUCCGAGACGUCCUCGGUGGACACAAGCUCCACAUCCUCGGAGGGGUCCGUUCAUUCGGAGAAGAUUCGAGCUGCGAAUGCUGCAGUAUUCGACAAGGACACUGCCGGAGCUGGCGGGGAGAACUUCAGAGCCAUUGCCAGCAGACUCAGGGACCUGGUCAUUCCAGAGCCAGAGCCCUCCGUGUUGCGGGAAGAUAAGUGUCGGUCCCUUGCGAGCAGGUUGCAGAACCUGGCCGUGGAGGAGCCCGAGCCAUCAAUACUGCGGGAGCCGGUGGCGCCCCCAGCGCCGAAGGAUCCGGAUGAUGCAGCAAGUCUACUGCCACCCAAAGCCAAGCAGAGGAGCCCCCUGAUCCAGGCAAGCAAAGACCCUGAGCCUUGCGUCAUUGGCAACAGCAUGGAACUGGAUGAUUCCACUUUUCGGGCCAUGGAAGUGAUCUCGCCCAAGAGCCCGCAACAUGUCAAGGUUGAGAUGAAGCCUGUAUGGUUUUCAGGCGAGACGGACUGUGCAGAGGUGAGUUCACGGAAUAGUCCUCUGUCCAGUGAGCCCACGAGCAGCAAAUCUCCCAUCGUCACCAAUGACCUGCAGUCUCUUCGAAGGCUCUGGUGCGCUCUCGUUCUCUUGAGCCUCUUGGAGCUUUGCUUGAUCUCUGGUGGAGUGAUGGCUGACCAAUGGACCAAUCCCUGCCGAGAGGCAGUGGAUCCAUGCUCUCUCCAUGACACCGACUGUUUGGGCCGGUCUUGCAGAGACUCUGCACCUCUCUGGGCUUCUGCUUGGCCCUUAGCGAGUUUGCUGUUUCUGGCGAUGCCCAUGCGUUGCCUGCUUGGCGGAACGCCUUCGAGCGGUUCAUGCUCAGCAGGAAUGCCUGUCUUUGCGCUGGUGUCGCUCGGUGUCCUGGGAGCUGGCGCCACAGUCUUGGCCGAAUCGGUCACCUCUGGCCUCCACUUCGCUGCGCGUUGCCCCAUGCAGCGAGAGGACAGCCGCUGCACGACGGAGUUGUGUCCCAUGCCGCCGUGCCGUCGUGAGAGUGACUUCUCGCCCUGCGUUUGCGGACUGAUCGGGGAGGCUGAGCUGGCAAGAGCGUUGUUCUUACACAAUGCUCCGGCAUGCCAGCCAUACGAGUGGUACGCUUGGCAGAUGAGCUUACUGGAAGACAUCGUUCUGAGAUACGAGGCUUUUGCCUGCUUGGCCGGGCCGCUCACGUGCGCUGCAGCAGCUGUGGGCGGAGCUCUUCUACUGGUCCAGAUCGUUUGCUGCCCUCUUGUGCUAAUUGGCCAAUGGGGCGGCAGCGAGGCAGUCCUGCUCAUGCUUGGUCGACUGGACGGUCUCCAAGGUGAGCCGCAGUUCACCCGCGUGGCAAACCCGGAACACGAGCACGCCUCUCCGGUACCGGAGUCGCGCUCGGGCUACGUCAAGGCACGCAGUGACGACACGGUCAACAAAGGCAGUGUCAUCUCGCAGCGGCGCACUUGGGAUGGCGAUGUUUCACCCGAUUGCAGCUGCUAG